GGGGAAGAGAGAGAGGGAGAAGUAUCUACUUUCAACUGCUGUCAGAUAUCCGAUCGCCUUCGCAUGGCGAGGAGGUAACCUGAUCGAGUUGGGAGGAGUGACUCAACCAGGGAAGCCUUCAGCAACAAAAAAAAUGUCUUCUUCUUCUGCCGGAGAAGUCACCGCAGCAAAUGCCACCAAGAGGGAAAAUGUGAAGGAGGUCGACAAGCGGGAGUGCAUCAAGCUUGUGGCGCUGGAGGCCAGCGAGUUGUCCAUGGAGCGAGCGGCGCCCAACGCGGACGCGGUGCGCACGGAGCUGCUGAUGAGCGCCGCCUCCUCGCUGGCUUUCUCCCCGGAGCAAGUGGCGUGCGUGUGCGAGGCGCUGCAGCAGGGGGGGAACGUGGACCGCCUGGCCCGGUUCCUCUGGUCCCUGCCCCAGAGUGAGCUGCUGCGCGGCAACGAAAGCAUCCUCAAAGCGCAAUCCCUCGUCGCCUUCCACCAGGCGCGCUACCAGGAGCUCUACAGUAUUCUGGAGAACCACAGCUUCAGCCCGUCGAACCACACCUUCCUACAGGAUCUGUGGUACAAGGCCCGGUACACCGAGGCGGAGAAGGCGCGGGGGAGACCCCUCGGCGCCGUGGACAAGUAUCGGAUCCGGAGAAAGUACCCUCUCCCCAGGACUAUCUGGGAUGGCGAGGAGACGGUGUACUGCUUCAAGGAGAGGUCCCGGAACGCACUGAAGGACCUGUACAAUCAGAAUCGGUACCCCUCUCCGGCCGAGAAGCGCAAUCUGGCCAAGAUUACUGGACUCUCUUUGACCCAGGUCAGCAACUGGUUCAAGAACAGGCGGCAGAGAGACAGAAACCCUUCUGAGGCGCAGUCCAAAAGUGAGUCUGAUGGCAACCACAGCACAGAGGAUGAGUCCACCAAAGGUCAAGAGGAGUUGUCACCCAGGCCCCUCUCCAACUCCUCAGAUGGCGUGAUCACUCACAGCAGCCUUCCAAUUCAAACAGGGCCUCUGGACAGCGGGGUUGUCAUCCAGCAAAUUGGGGACAUCAAAAUGACCCCUGGAUCCAACAGCGGGGGGCUCUACAACGGAAGCCUGGUCACCGAUAGCGCCUCCUCGGCUGUGUUUCACAACGGAGGCUCGUCUUACCUCCACUCACCUGGGAACAUCCUCUUUAACGGGCUCAAUUUGGGCCUCCAGCCGUUGGCCUUCAACACUCUGAGGCCGUCCGGUGGCGUGCUGCUGGGCGGCUCUGGAAUGGACAUGCAGGAGAAAGGACUGGGAGGCUCUGCAGAGGACUCGGCCCUGCACUACCCCUCUUCCUAUUCGGGCUGUGUGAACGGAGGGCAGGUCAAGCUGGAGGGGGUUCACAGCAUGGCCGGCCAGAACGGAGGAUCCUCUGUGUUGACCUUCAGCUCCUCGCUGGGUGGCUACAGCCUGGUACAGGUACCCACCGGAGUCUCGGACGGUGACGGAAGCUCAAUGCUUAACAGCGAUGUCGGCCUUCCUCCUCUGCAGCUCUCUUCUGCGUCGUCGUCCUCGUCCAUUGCACAAGGUACAAUACCUCUGAGCGAUGUUGCAGUCAGCUCUGCCAGUGAAGACUCCUUCCAGCAGCAGGACAAGCUGAGCAUGGCCUCCCUGCACCACAACACCGUCCUCUACAGUAUGAGCAACGUCGGAGAAGUCAAGAAGGAGCCUCUGGAGAGAGGCGUCUACUCCUCGUACCACCACGGGCUCCACCUGGACUCGAGUGGGCAGAUCAGCUACUCCACCCCUGGUUCCGAAGAGUCUCCGUCCACACAGGUUCCGAUAUCCGCCACCGGAGAGGUCCCCGCCGUCACCGCAUCCCAUCCUGAAGUGUACACCACCCUCACCGUCAGUACGCCGCUGAUGGCCCAAACGAACCCAAACAGCCACCACCUGCAGCCCACCGAGUACCACGACGUCAGGCCCUCGCACCUGAUGGCCGCCUGCAUGACCGGUGAUUACAUGAGCCUGUCGGAGAACAAGGCAGACGGCUCGGGCCCGACAGGUGUGACUGAAAUGGUGCGGGCCAUGUGUGGCGACAUGGAGCCUGCGGAGGGGAAGGAGUUAGCCAAACUACAGACAGUGCAGAUGGAUGAGGACAUGGCUGACCUUUAACCUUAAAGCAAAAAGCACUCAUGUUCAUGCAAGCAGUGAUAUGAUGACGCUUUUGUGUGUGAGUGUGUGUGUGCUUGUGUGUGUGUGUGUGUGUGCAUUUUUUUUUUACCAUUAAUUUCUUGUAACUGUUAAAUUAUUUGAAGAUGCACUCUAGUAAGAGAGAAGGCCUGGACAUUUAUACAAAAAAAAAACAUGAACGUCCACACAUUGUGAAAGUUGCGUUGGAGCCGUGUUCAAAAGACAACACCUGCUACUUCCUGUUGAGCGGACUUGAUUUGCCGAAGCAGGUGCUAGCAUGCCGCAAGUCACGUGACCAGGAUGUUCCUCCAAACUAAAUGCGUCAUCUGGGUCAAAGCAAAAAGGUCAUCGGGGAAGAGGGGGAGUGUGUCUGUGUGAGGGGGACGGUUUUUACUGAAGGACUGCACGCAUGUACACACAAUAAGUCGCUCAAAACACAAAAGCUGCUAAUUUCGGACAAGUGCCCUUCAGUAAGCACCUUAAAUUGCCUGAAUGUACCCUUUUUCUUAAGGGGGCAGGGGGCAUUUGCACUACCAUAACGACACUCCGGGCUGGUUUGACAAGCCUCGACAAAUGCGCAUGUUUCAGCAGUGAAUGCUAUUUUCAAGCCUCGUCGUCAAAUCGAAUCAAAAGGUCACACUGCAGGGUCACAUGUCGCUCAUAUAUUGUUUAUAACGCGGCAGCUAUGAUGAAUAGGCGCGAUGAUGCUAUACGCUCUAUCGUUUUUCCUUUUAACGUGCCUCUGCACACUCAAACACCGACACUGUAAAAAUUUACCAGGAUUUUACAGUAUUUAACAGUAUUGUAGCAUUACAACAAAUGACUGUAAUAGGUAAGAAAUCUUUAUAUUUCGAAACAAUAAAUUGGUAUUUCCCAGUAAAAUACUGUAAUCAUAGUCCUUUGUAACAUCACAACAAAUGACUCAGACAAAUUUGUCUCGCAAGAGGUUCCGUAGACUACGCUGCACACGCUUGUACAGUGAGUGGCGGUAUGCUGUUAAACCGAGAGAGAGGUUAACUAUAAAAAUACAUUUGUGAAGUUACAGCUUAUAGUUGUAGAUUUGUUGUAAUGAUCUAUAUGAUUACAAUGGUCAAGUGUUAGCAUUUAGCUCUAACUUUUUUGUAAUUACCGUAAAAUCACAGCUUUGCAGUUACAGUAAAUUACUGUAAGGAUAUUUCACAGUAAAUUGCUGUAAAUGUUGCUGUUAAAGUAAUGCAACUACUGACCGGUAAUUUGCUGUCAAUUUACAAUGUACAUUUUUACAGUGUAUGGUGAGAACAAAAAGGGACAAAGGUUUUUUUUUUUAAAACAGAGGCGUCUCAGUGUGAUUUCUUUCUUUGCAUCAGAAGGUUAUGGAUAUGUUGCUUUUUUUUUUUACAUAGUGAAUAACACUGAAGCUGUGCUCACUGAAGGCAAUAACAGCUCAGAUUCAGAGAUUUACCGCCACCUCCACCACUGCUGUCACAGGAAUAUUUGUUGGGUGUCAAAUUAGGAAGAGACAAGAGAAUGUGGAGGCCAUUUGUCAAGCAGGGUCCUGUACUUUUUUUUAACCACAGGAGCCUCAUUCUCCCUGUCUUACAUGACCAUAAUAGCGCAUUUCAGCCUUGCGGCCAACUCACAGCAUUCAUAUCUCUGAAUGCAUCACAUUUUUUCUUAUACCCUACUCAUCAGUGCUUUAACAUCAUAUACCAACUGUUUAUGAUGGGCAGAUGUUUUUUUUUUGUGUUAAACUUAGUUUGA